UUUGUAAACAAGCAGUUUCAUCUUCCUCAGAAUGUGCUGUCACGAGACAAUUUUUACAUAACAUCUUCCUUCUUCCGCAAAAGCUGAAAAGAAAAAAGGCUUUUUCAAAGAUGUCUUGUACCAGCGAAACGGUAAUUCUAUCGACAGAGUCGAAUCUAAGCUUGUUGUUUGCGAAUUGUUCGAUGUGUGGCGAAUCAGCACUCAUUUCACAUUUGGUGGGUCAGUUGAUGAAGAUAUACAAUGUCGCUCGCAGUGUGCCCAUUUCUAGACUGGCUUUUGGAGGAACAUCAUCUUUAACCUCUAAGUUACUUAGCCUAGCAAAUCAGUCGCUGCUGAAGGGUUGCGGAUUACAUCUUCAAGGCAGAAUAACCACAGAAAGUCUGGACUCAAAACCCUGUUGCUUUGAAGUCACCGCUGAAAAAAUUUUGUCCUUCGGAAGAACGCAAUUACAGCAAAUAUUUGGCGAAAAUAACUCAACUAGCUCAAGUGAAUGUGAGGUUUUAAGGAUUUGCGAGUCAGCCUUGAGUUUACCGCUAAGCAACUGUUUCUCUGACACAAGUACUGGAUGCAAUUCAAUUGGUGUCUGUGAAAACGGAGACAGCAUUUCUCGUGCAUUGUGGCAUGCUGCAGAGGAAAGAUGGAAGGAUGCAACAGAUAUGCUUUCCGAUUAUACACCGGAUAAAAUUCUUCAUACUGUGGUAGAGCUGGCACAAGACAGAGUGAAUGAAUUAAUCACCAACAACUGUUUAGUUUCUCAACUUUCUGAAGCUGGAGAUUUUCUGAUGUCAACUACCCAAUGUCUUAAAACUGAGGCUGAAGUGUUUUCACAGCUGUUGAAUGAAACACAAGAGCAAGCUCUUGCUGGCAUGACAGAGUUAUGGAAUGUAAUGAAUGAAUAUGGCCAUUUGGCCUGUGAUGGAAUGGAGCUGUUCUCACAGUACAUUUGGAAUACACUGCCUGAGUUUUAUGAACCAGCUUUGCUGGAUGUAAACUUGUUCAACAUGGAUGAUGAAGAUUUUUUCUUUGUGGCAGAGGAACCAAUGCCAAGACGUAGAAGAUCGAUGUUGUAUAUUGGUUCACGAUGAUCAAUAUGAAUGACAUCUAAUACUGAGUUGUGCGGUGGGAUGACUAUGGCACAGGAAGUUUGCCUCAUAAUCUGGUACCAGUAAUCAUAGUGUGCCAAAACUUGGAUCACUGUAUACUUGAUUUGCCUUGUGGCAAUUGGAUUAAAUCUCUUGCAUUCCUGUUGAAGCAUUUGUUCAAAGUCAUUGUUUUUUGCCAUAUUAAGGAAAUCUGAAAUCCUGAGAUGUAUAUUAAUAUAUAGACCUAUGUACAUAGAAAAGCAUAUUGCCGAGAUGGCUGAUUAUUGCACUUUACGACUUCUGUUCUAAAGAAGCAUGUGUGUAUAUUUGAAUUUUGUACUGCAAACAUCUGAGAUACAUAAUGUGUUUACUUGUUUCUGGUGUUUGGUAGGUUAUGCUAGAUGCCUACCUGUACUGCUGUAAGGUUUGGUGAAUCUAUAAUAUGUGUAAUAGUAUUGAUAGUUGUAAGUAGUGUCAGAUAUGGUGUAUUGAAAAGAAUAUUAGACACAGUUGACAAUUCUAGAUUCAAAUUGGAUUCAGAAUUUGUAAUUU